AUGUACAACGAUCACAAGGCCACGGUGAAGAAUGCCGACAUGCCAGAGGACAUGCAGGCAGACGCGAUUGAGGUGACGCUGCAGGCAAUGGAAAAGUUCAACAUUGAGAAGGAUAUCGCCGCCUACAUCAAGAAGGAGUUCGAUAAGAAGUACCAGCCGACGUGGCACUGCAUUGUGGGCCGUAACUUCGGCAGCUUCGUGACACACGACACCCACUGCUUCCUGUACUUCUACCUCGGCCAGGUCGCUGUGUUGCUCUUCAAGUGCGGGUAA